AUGGACGAUACCACCUCCUUGCCCGCUUCCUCGAACCAGUCUUUACCAGACCCAAUACCUGCUCAUCAUGCUAGUCCAGUGGUCGCCUUCAUCAUAGGCCUUGCUAUUGUCCUACUUGCCUCCAUACUUAACGCUGCAGGCUUAAACCUCACCAAACUCGAUCAUGUUCGAACUAGUGCUAUACCAAAAGCUUCGCGACGGAGAGACUGGUUACGACCUCUUUGGCUACUGGGAAUGGUACUCUAUAUAUUAUCUCAACUAAUUGGAAGCACUCUCGCACUGGAAUACAUGCGUGCCGAAUAUGUAGCUCCUUUGGGCUCAACAUCUCUCGUCUUCAACUUUCUUUUCGCCAGGUUCCUCGUCGGAACACCCGUUACCAGUACAGACAUCUACGGAACCAUCAUCGUCGUGCUUGGCGUCAUCGGAAUUGUAGCUUUUGGCUCGAUAAACAGCGGUCUUGCAGCGGAAACAGAUGUAGAUCAUCUAACAUAUCUCUGGAGGAGGGGUGGCUGGCUGGCUUUCUUCUUCUUCAUGUCCUUUGCUUUGAUCUUGCUACUGUUAAGCACAUCGCAGCUCGAUGCCAUCCUUGCAGCUCGCUCCGAAAUAAGCGCUUUGCCCUUAUCCACUGCACGACCCAGUGCUACUCCGUCAAACAGACGGGAAAACACUCUUAUCGUGGUGGUUCGCAAUAUCAAAAUGGCUUGGAUCUAUGUUACGAUGAAACUAGGUGACUUCCUGGAGCAAUGGAAUGCAGCAAAAGAUGACAAGACAGUUGCAUGGAGUCUGGGUAUUGCUUGGGCAUGUGCUGGUGGGGGCUUAGCUGGGGGCACACUAGUCUUUGCCAAGGCCACUGUCAAGUUACUCUCUGGUUCCCUGUCGCACGAAAACCCUGGAAAUCAGUUCGGGCAUGCUGCACCCAUAUUCACUAUCAUUCUUUUAGCCUGCACUGCUAUACUUCAAAUAAUAUGCUUAAACCGUGGUCUCAAGGUGUAUGAUUCUACUUUGGUCGUUCCCGUGUUCUAUGGUGUGUACACCGCAACUGGCUUCUUGGAUUCACUGAUUUUCAACGAUGAAGUUGAUGCCUAUCAGUCAUGGACCUUAUUCCUCAUCUUUGUUUCCAUCCUCGUCCUCAUUUCCGGUGUGGUUCUUCUCACUCACAAAAAACCUGAACCCGGAGCUCCCAUGAAAUCCGCAACCUUGGCGUCUGGUUCGUUACAAAUGCCCAGAUUACGCAACCGAAGUUCUCGGAAAGUGUCUGGCUCAAAACCUGAUCUUGAAGCCGGCGAUCCUGAUGAUGAUGCCAGCGUCCACAGCGGCGAGAAUGGGGCCUUGUGGGCUGUCGGAGAUGUCAGUGAUGAUGAAGGGGAAGAUGAGGAUAUCGAUCAUCACCAACAUCCCUUACAUGCACACAGAACAGUGUCUGCUGCACGGAGUAAUACGAGAUUGGCCACGCACGGGGAAGAGGGAAGAGGGCUAAUUGAAGAUAAUCUCGAUGAUGAUAUUGAGUCUCCACACGAAAGGUCUCGAGAUUCACAAGAUAAUGGCCGCAGUCGCUAA